AUGGCAGAGACCAGCCCAGCGCCGGCCCUGAACAAAGAGGAGCGAAAGCGUUAUAACAAGCUCAUUUUGCGUGCGCGGGAUCGCGAGGCUGCCCUGCUGUAUGCCGAAGCCAUCAAGGCCUACCAGCAGGCCCAGGAUUUGCUCGCCACCGACCCGCUUGCAGCCAAGAUUGAGCGCCUCGAAGCUCGUUUGGCUCGUCGCGUCGAGCUUUCGACUGGAUAUGUGCGGGACGACGACAAUGGCGUGUGCUGGUUGAACCAUCGCUUUCGUCUUCCCAGUCAGCUCUACGAUGGCCUCUUUCCGCACCAACGCGAGGGCGUCCGCUGGCUCUGGUCCCUCUACAGAAGAAAAUGCGGUGGCAUCCUGGGUGAUGACAUGGGCCUGGGCAAGACGGUUCAAGUGGCCUCAUACCUACGCGGCCUUUUUGAUUCGGAGCUCGCCGUAUCCAUUCUGAUUGUGCUUCCUGUCUCUCUCUUGGCGGGAUGGGAACGCGAGCUCGCACGUUGGGCGCCUGACGUGCCGGUCCAGCAAUACUACGGACCACUGGGCAAGCGCACCAAGGCUCUAAAGUCCAUUCAGCGAGACGGCGGCAUCAUCCUGACGACUUACGGUCUGGUCAUCACCAACGCCGAUGCCUUGAAUGACAAGGGCGAACACAGUUGGGACUGCGUCAUUCUUGAUGAAGGUCACAAAAUCAAAAAUCCCAGUCGCGAAGUAAGCAAGGCUAUUCGAACGAUUCAGACGCAUCAACGGCUGAUUCUCAGCGGUGGGUGUCUCAGACUGGUCUCGGCAACAUGCCUUGAGUCAUGCAUACAAUCGAAAGUGGUCAUAUUCGAGGUUUGCUACCACACGCCCAUCCUAGGAACACCGAUGCAAAACUCUCUCGGUGAGCUGUGGGCUCUGUUUGACUUUGUCACCAAUGGCGAGCUAUUUGGCACCAAGGCCGCAUUUGCUGAGCAAGCUAGCCCUUUCCCAUUGUCGCAACGGUACCAGUUUGAGAAUCCAAUUACUCAGGCGGCUGCGCGUUGUGCCAGCGAUGACGAACGCGAGCGUGGGGCCAAGGUUGCAGCAGCGCUCCGCGAGAGCAUUCGUCCCUACUUUUUACGCCGGGAAAAAGCCCGGCCCGGUGCUGCUGACAGCGCCCCGGCUCCGUCCGUGUCUGCUAAUGGUGAAGAGGGCCAGGCGCAUAUCCUCGAAACGCUCGCAGACGAAUGUCCAGUGGACAUGCAAGAUGGGACCACUCCAGGCCCACUUGCGAAUCAAGCUGCCGCUCAUACACAGUCCAAAUCGCAGCGCCUGGACCAACUUCCACCAAAGCACGAGCUUAUCGUUUGGGUCAGCUUGAGCGAGUUGCAGGUCCACAUCUAUCGCAACUUCCUUGAAUCGGACAAAGUCAAGGCUUUGCUCAACACGACGCGGUCCCCGCUUGCCGCUUUGACCGUGCUCAAAAAGCUUUUGACCAAUCAGGUGGCGUAUCGCCAGGCGUUGCUCGGCAUUCAGGACGGAAGUGGCGAGAACAGCGCUCUUGACGACAGCGACGAGGACGAAUGGCACGACACGACAUCCCUUCUUGCAAAAUCAGAGGAUGACUAUAAGAAUCUCUCGGAUGAGCGCCUCGUGGCUGCCAUCAUGAACCCAUCUCUGUCGCUCGGUGAUAAUCUUGAGCACUCGGGCAAAUUAGCCUGUCUUAACGAUUUACUACCUCGUUUGCGACGCGGUGGCCAUCGCGUGCUCAUCUUCAGCCAGUCACGCAAGUUUUUGCAGGCUGUGGCAUCGGUGCUGGACCACCACGGAUUGACUUUUCAGCAGCUGGAUGGCUCAGUCAAAACUGCAGACGAACGCCAAGCUCUUGUCGACAAGUUUAACAAGGCCACGACAGACGAGCUGUUUGCCAUGCUUUUGACAACCCAAGUCGGGGGUGUCGGGCUCACGCUCACCGGUGCCAACCGUGUGAUUAUCUGCGAUCCCUCGUGGAAUCCGUCUGUGGACGCACAAGCCGUGGAUCGUGCCUACCGUAUUGGGCAGACUCGAGAGGUCCUGGUGUACCGUCUCGUCACGUGUGGCACCAUCGAGGAGAAGAUGUAUCGCAAGCAGAUCUUCAAGGGGAGCUUGCAACGCAGCGCCAUGACCAACAGUGGCACCCAAUUCCGAUACUUUUCCAAAGAGAUUGGCUACCACCCUGCCCUGGCUGCGCACCUGGCUGAAUUGGCAUCAAUGCAGCACGUGGCCGGUCACUCGUCACACGACAGUGUAUUUUUGGAGCAAGCACGAGUGGAUGACGAGGUUUCAGACAAUGAGUCGGAAGCCAGCAGUACAGAGUAUGCUUCUGCGGACGAACAAGACUCAAGCGACUCUGUGAUGCCCAUUGGACCAACGCCUGCCGUUCGAGGUGGUCGCCCGCAACCGCGACGUGAAGUGAAGCAUCCUCCAGGUCACGAACGUGACUCGGAUGACGAAGCAUCAGCAGCCUCCGGGCCGGCGUCGCCCAUCAAUGACUUGGCUGAUGCCCUGGCCGGCGUGCAGAUGACAUCUGGCACUGGUGCGCGGAGUAUUGAGCGCGCGGAUGAGUACGUUGAGGAUAAAGUUGAGGAUGAAGAUGAGAAUGAGGAUGAGGAUGAGGACGAUAUGCCUGUGGCUCGGGGACCGCGACCCCAUCGUGGACAAAUGCUGCUCGAUUCUGACGAUGACGACGACAAUGAUGAGCAUGAUGAUGGUGGCGCUGACGCGAGUGUGCGCAAUGACCACAGUAUUGCCAGCACCAAUGACGUCGCAAAUGACAAUAGCAUGGUCUCCAGCUGCCAGUCAAAGUCACCAAAUGGCGUGUCGAAUGGCAUGCAGAAUCUAGGCGCUGGUGGUCCUGACUGGCCACAGAGUCUGGAAGCAUCCAUUGAUUAUGAUAUGGCCAUCGUGACACCCUUUGAGUCCCCGGAACCGACAUUGCCCGUGCAGAUGAAGGAGGCCACACCCUUGAGCAGCGCUGGUUCCAAGCUUCACACCAACUCGAUCUUUGUGUCAGGGGACGACGAAGAUUCCUUCGUCUCCUGCCAUGCUUCGCCUUUAAAGCAGUUCAAUACCAGUUUUGAGCGUGCAGCCACGGCCUCACCCAAAGGCGAAUUUGAGCGAGCAUAUACACCAGAUUUACCCAAGCAGGCAGGCCAGGAGCAGCAGCCUGCUGGGCGCAGCCACGAGGAGGUCAAGGAGAACGUGGUCUUGAGCAGUGCCAAUUGUGUCGACACAAACGUCUGUGCGCAGCACAAACUGCAGGGCAUUCGAGUUCAGCGUUGCCGGUGCAGUCUGUCUACAGCCGAGAAGUCGCAAUAUGACGCGUUUUUGACAGCUGCUCGGUGCGUGUUGAAAAACCUGUCCUGCUCCCCUGUCCUUGAGAAGCAAAUACUCGGGUGCUGUGUCAACGCUGACGAUCUGCCCCGCCUUCCACAAUCGGCUGGCAACAUGUAG